AUGGCGGGCACCAGCGCAACGGUUGACGUUUUGUCGGACAUUGACAAAAACAUCGGGGAGAAGGACGACGGGAAAAAGGCUGUGUGUUUGCUCGUGCUCGGCAUGGCCGGUUCCGGAAAGACGACCUUCGUCCAGAGGUUGGCUGCUCAUCUUCACGCUGGCCAAUGUCCACCGUAUCUCAUCAACCUGGACCCCGCCGUACAUGACAUUCCCUUCCCCGCAAAUAUUGACAUCCGAGACACUGUCAACUACAAGGAGGUGAUGAAGCAGUACGGCCUGGGACCCAACGGCGCCAUUGUGACUUCGCUCAACCUCUUCGCCACGCGCUUUGAUCAGGUGAUGCAUUUUAUCGAGAGGAAGCAGCACAAUCACAGGUACGUCCUUAUUGAUACUCCAGGUCAGAUUGAAGUCUUCACGUGGUCUGCGUCUGGCAGCAUCAUCACAGAAGCUCUGGCGUCUUCCUUCCCCUGCGUGGUGGUCUACGUCAUGGACACAUCUCGCAGUGUCAGUCCCGUCACCUUCAUGUCCAACAUGUUGUAUGCCUGCAGCAUUCUCUACAAGACCAAACUACCCUUCAUUGUCGUCAUGAACAAAACGGACAUCAUUGAGGAAAGCUUCGCCGUGGAAUGGAUGAACGACUUUGAGGCUUUCCAGGACGCGUUGAGCCAGGAAAGAUCGUAUGUGAGCAACCUGACGCGCUCCAUGAGUCUGGUCCUGGAUGAGUUCUACUCCAACCUGAGGGUGGUGGGCGUGUCCUCCGUAACAGGCAGCGGAUUGGGCGAGCUGCUCGUCAAGGUGCAGGAUGCCGCUGAGGAGUAUGACAGGGAUUAUCUACCAGAAUACGAACGACUCCGCAAGCAGCUGAUGGAGGCUAAAAGCGAAAAGCAGCAAGAGCAGCUGGAGCGACUCAGCAAGGAUCUCGGCGUCGUCCGCAUGACGCCGGCCUCUGUUACAGAAGAAGCCUCAAAUGUGGGCGGGCCCGGUGACCUCAUCAUGACUCGUGGCGACCCCGACGACGCAGCGGCAGCAGAUAGCGACACGGACGACGUGGACCACAGCAAAGUGGAGGAGAGCAAAGAGAAGGACGCCUUUGGAAAUUUCCUACGGGAGAGGAGGAAGGUGGUCGAGGUCCGAAAUCGGAAGAGCAGCUUGACGGAAGGUCCUUGACGCGAUGUCUUCGGGACAACUGCAGCAAAACACAAACUCUUAUUUCUUCUAUUGAGGAAGACAAAACAGAAUUUCUCUUUUUUGUUUUUUUUGUUUUCCCCUUUGGUCUUGUGGGCAGCGUUUUGGACGGGUGGUUAGCACGUCUGAGGUUGUGGGUUUGAAUCUGGUCUCUGGCCUUUCUGUGUGGACUUUGCAUGCUGUGCCCGUCCGCGCUCAAGUGACUUUUCUCUCCUGCGUUCACGUUGGUGACACAUUGCCUCGGCCGUUCCUGAUGUCUUCCCAGAAACUUCAGGCAGCAGCCCGCUCUCAGUGCUCGGAACGUGUUGAAAUCGUGAGUAAGACCAUCAAUGUCGGCACUCUGGGUAACAACCAGUGACAUUCUUUUUCUGGGUACUGAAAAUGGGCCGGGGGUCCCGAAUCGAUCCAAACCCGAGGCCACUGGCCACGUCAUGGAUCUCUCACUGCUCCCUCGGCCCGUGUCCUCCAACCGUCCGCGUCAAAGCGACCUCUCCACAACCUCGUCGCUUGCUCGGUAAAGCUAGCGUCGCAACUGGAGCGGCUCAUGUUUCGCCAGCUGCUUGCGGAAAUGUCCCUUCUGGCAAUGGUUGUUUUUUUUUGUUUCUGACAGGUAUGACUCACAAUUAUACAAUAGCUUUAAAGUGUACCCUAUGUAUUAUUUAGCUAGCUAGCCGUCUAGCUUGGAGUUCCAACUUUCAGUGUGUUCGUGAUGUGACAUUUGGAGCUUUUGAACAUUUGCAGCCUUUUCAUUAGUUGGAUGGUGUGUCUUUGUAAGGCUGUGAGUUGUGGCCUACAGCAGCCAUUAAUUUUGUAUUUGCGCUUUUGACUGUUUACCCCAUUAAAUAAACCUUUGAAAGAG